AUGACGACGAGCAAGCCCGAGAGUUCAAGUCGCCAUUGGCGCGUCUUGCGCACCGCGUUGCUGCAGUCCACGAGUCCCACUGUUGCUGCCACGUCUACUGAAUCGACUGCCUCUGAGUUCUUUCCUCGGUACCCGAAAGUUCCGGUCGACAGCAUUCAGGGCCAGCCAAGUUGGGUCUGGAUGACGUACGAAUUGGGAGCCUCGUUAAGUAACGCUAACAAGUCCCCCUUAAAAAAGCGCGUGUAUGUUCAUGAGAAGCGCAGAGACGUGACCCGAGUACCUGUGACGGAGCUACUGAGUCAUCGAGUGUACCAGGGCGUGGACAACACGGGCAACAUCCGGACGUGGCCGUCUGAAGAGAUUCUACUGGCUUACUUGCUGUCAAGUGGCGUCUGUUCCCAAGUCCAGCAGCAACGAGAUGCCGCUGACAAGUUACUGCCUAUUGCCUGCUGUGAAUUGGGCAGUGGAAUGGUCGGUCUGGCCAGUCUCGGGCUGCUCGCGUGUGCCCCUGUGGCGCUCCAGCGCGUGCUGGUGACAGAUGGCAAUCCACUUUGUGUCCAGAACUUGCACGUGUGCAUGGAAGAGAACAAGAGGCAGCACGUGUUUGCUGGAGUGGCUUCCAGCGUCGACCUGUCGACCGAGUUGCUGCGGUGGGAGCGCACGGCAAAGCUCCGUCACGACUUGCAGCACGCGUUCGAUCUCGUGUUUGCGAGCGAUGGUCUCUUCUUCGAAGCGUUCCACGAAGACCUCGCGUACACGAUCAAGACCAUGCUGCGGCCCAAGUCAGGACGCUGUUUGCUCUUGCAACCGAGUCGCAAUGGCUCCAUGGAGCGCUUCUGUUGCAUUGCCAAGCGCCACGGCUUUGUCAUUGAAGAAUCCAGAGACUACGAUCCUUUGAUCGUGCAUAGACACGCAGCAUUGCAGCAAACUCGAGACGAUUACGUGCCUGACGUGCACUUCCCCGUCCUCUUGACCCUCACCAUAUCCUAG